GUCCACAGGCUCCCAGGCCCCCAGGCUCCCAGGCUCCCAGGCUUCCAGGCCCCCGGCUCCCAGGCCCCCAGGCUCCCAGGCUCCCAGGCUCCCAAGCUCCCGGGCUCCCAGGUCCACAGGCUCCCAGGCCCCCAGGCUCCCAGGCUCCCAGGCUUCCAGGCCCCCGGCUCCCAGGCCCCCAGGCUCCCAAGCCCCCAGGCUCCCAGGCCCCCAAGCUCCUAG